AUGGCUGACGUAGCACCCCGUUUGUCCGUAACCAAACGUUACCCGACCCAAGAGCUUGGAGGCUGCUUCCUCAUCGGAGACUCCACCACUCUGGUUGCGGUGCUGCUCCUCCUCCUCUCCACAAGGAUCCAGUCAGCAAAACGUUCAGACAACCUUCAACCAACACAAUGGACACUCAGCCCGGACCUUGCAGAACCCAAAAUCUCCACGCCGCCUGUAAAUGGUAGUGAUACCGAGGAACCUCGUGUUCUGAGGAUGUCAAGAUCCUGUAAAGAUGAGGAUUCUGACUACUGCCUGAACGGACAGUGCAUGUACCCCCCUGACAGCGAUACCCCUGCCUGCACGUGUGAUGCUUCCUAUAGCGGCGCUCGCUGUGGUCUGUUGGUCCACCAGGCGACGCUGUGCAAGUUAGCCACAACAGAGGAGGUGAUUGCCAUCUGCGUGGGUGUGGCCAUGUUAGUGUGCUGCCUCGCUGUCGGUCUCUACUGCUGCAUCAAGACAAGGUGUAAAAAACAGCCCCUUCUCUACAAGACCUACGGUGGCUCGGAGAACUCAGUUUGA